UCCUCGGCGGAGACCGCGCGGCCGAGCGGACCGAGCGCCUCGCUGUCCCGCAGGUUCUCAGCCCUGGUUCUAAGAUGAUGGGAUUGGGGAACGGGCGUCGCAGCAUGAAGUCUCCGCCCCUUAUCCUGGCUGCCCUGGUGGCCUGUGUCAUUGUGCUCGGCUUCAACUACUGGAUUGCUAGCUCGAGAAGCGUGGAGCUCCAGACACGCAUCGUAGAGCUGGAAGGCCGGGUCCGCAGGGCGGCUGCAGAGAGAGGUGCUGUGGAGCUGAAGAAGAAUGAGUUCCAGGGCGAGCUGCAGAAGCAGAAAGAGCAACUCGACAGGAUCCAGUCUAGCCACAGCUUCCAGCUGGAGAACGUCAACAGGUUACACCAGGACGAGAAGGCAGUUUUAGUGAAUAACAUCACCACAAACGAGAAGCUCAUUCAAGAACUGCAAGACCAGUUGAAGGCACUGCAGAGGAGUUAUGGCAUCCUGCAGCAGGACAUCUUCCAGUUCCAGAAGAACCAGACCAGCCUGGAGAAGAAGUUCUCCUAUGACCUGAGCCAGUGUAUCAGCCAGAUGAAUGAGGUGAAGGAACAGUGUGACGAGCGGAUAGAGGAGGUCAUCAGAAAGCGAAACGAAGCACCGGUUUCCAGAGAUGAGGCUGAAACGAACAACCAGCGUCAGCAGGCCCUCAAGCCUCAGCCCAAGCUUCAGGAAGAAGUCCCAUUAGAGGAACAGAUGCCACAAGAGAAAGGGGAUGUGUCUAGAAACAAGUCCCAGAUACCAGCCCCCAAUUCAGGGAGUUCGAAGCCACACGUGCAGAACGAGGAAACCAAUGAGAUUCAGGCUGUUGGUGAGGAGCGCAGUCUGCGACUGACAAAGGCAUCCGUCCAAGGGCAGGAGGCGGCGGAUGGCACACGGGUAGGAGCCGAGAAACUCGAUCAGCAUACACAGGCACCAGCUGGCCUAUUGGCCAGGCCUGAGGAGGAUUCUCAGUACCCUGAGCGGGAGCAGCUUGUCAUCCGUGAUAGUCAGGAGCAGCAGCAUGCAGCAGAGGAAGGGGGAGGCCAGAAGAACCUAGGAGAUGAAUACGACAUGGAUGAAAACGAAGCAGAAUCCGAGAGGGAGAAGCAGGCAGCCCUUGCAGGGAAUGACAGAAAUAUAAAUGUUCUUAAUGCUGACGCUCAGAAGAGAGGCAUAAUAAAUAUGCAUGAUGGGAGUGAAAGGCAGAACCACAUUCUAAAUCAAGUAGGCAUUCAUAUUCCUCAACAAGCCUGAAGAAAGAUCCUACGGAGAUUCACUGUGACUCACCUGUGGAAUGGAUCAAGCGAAACGAACGUCGGCCAAUUAUUGUGGGGUUUAAUCAGUACAUUUUGCAAAGGAAAAAAAAAUGGGACCAUCUCAGACAGUUUGGGGGUACUUUUAAAGUGUCUACAAGACAUGUCAAAAUUGAUCAAGCUUUGAUUAACAGAUAUUUCUUAAGCAGGUCAACACCAAAAAGAGAAAUGAGGUUGUCCUGUCUAGCCAGCAGCACCUUGUCAUCCUGCAGUGUAGGACAGGAGACUGAGGGCAGUUGCUGGCGACAACGGCUCCCUUCUCGUGCUGCUGCUUGCCAGUUUCUGUCACGGGUACUAAGCAGCUCGUCACUCCUGCACACUUGAUUCAACCAUCAAUGGCCUAGAGCUCUUACCGUCAGCAGAAACACCACUAGUCAGUUCUAUACAAGCCUCAACACAAAGCUGUUCUGUGCAUUAAGUAAAAGACAGCCACUACACCUGGUUUACUUCAGGAUUUGGAAGGCUGAGGCAGGAAGACUGCUGCAAGUUCUGAGCCAGUUUAGCGACACAGUGAUUGCUAAGCGAGGAUGAGCAAGAAUGAAAGUCCCGUCUCACAUGUCAGUGAGAGCUGUUGCUUUAAAAGACUGGUUUAAAUAACCAUUAUUCUUUUGAUGUACAGAACACUAUGAAGUUACUCACAAUGUGAGCACCUAUGGUCUGUGUUUGGGCAAAGAGUUUCUAGUAAGUCACUCAUCUCAUCAAGAAAGGCAAUGCCUGCACUGUGCUCUGGACAACGGCUGCAUGGGCAGAGGAGUCCAUGAGGACGGGUUGGCUGCUAGAGCAUACUCAGGUUACAAGCUGGAUACCUACACAAAGGCAAGAGCAACACACAAGCUGUUAUUCCCGAGUUUAUAUACUGUUUGACAAACACACAUGGUGAAUGUUAGCUUUGAAAGACUCAUAGUUCGUUGAUGGUAAUGCGUCAUAAGUUCUUGAUUCUGAUCAGCAGGUUCUAACCGAUUGCAGACUGACUGCAGUCACACUGAGGACUCCUUCCAGAAACAAUCUGAGGAGUGGGGCAGUUCACAGGGUUGAUCUGACUCUACAAAGUGCUGGUUAAGUAGGAAGCAGCAGCACUAGAGGCACAGGGCAGCACCGAAGAUCCCUGUAGUGAAGUGGAUGCCUGGUGGUCCAGCUGUCCAUGCCUCCUUUCAAGCACACAUUUAAACCCUGUGGCAAGCAUGGCAGACGUGGGUUGUCUUUCACUGCAGAGCCACCCAGUUCCUAUGUACUACCCCAUGUUUAGAUGGGUACUGUCUAAUGUCACAAGCCAUUUUCCUUUACACUCUAACUUGCAGAGCCUCAGAUGGAGUGUUUUUACCAUACAGCUUUUCUACUCCUAGGUCCCAAGCUCAAGGGGACUUUGUAUUUCCUAGUGCUUGUUUUCUAUCUUAAUCUGGUUUGGGUUUAAAGUGUAGAUAUUGCUGAUUUCCUUUUUAACAAGUAAAAUAGGUAAGGACCACAUUCUGCCCUCUGGGUUCUAAAACUCCAGGGCACCAAUAGCCAUGCAGGACAGCUGAGCCAUGCCACCUCGGUACUGUCCAGGAAGUAACCGACAUCCUGUCUUCACAUCUUGAUCAAGUUCAGUCAGGUAUGCUUCAGUGUUUCUAGGAAAUGGAAGGUGCCACAGGGUUGGGCUGGCAUAGCUUUGUGAGAGCUAUCCAGCCAGUAAGUGUGAGUCCCUGGGUCGCAUCCUCAGCACCACCGAACAUUGUCACAUUAGAAUUAGGCCACUGGAAUCUUAAGAGUCAUUUUUGCUGUAAGCCAAAUGAACUAGCAAUAGUCAGGCCAAACCACAAAGCCAGAUUGAAUUUCAGGGUGGCUCACUCUGCUACCAGCACUGCCCCCUUCAGAGUACAAAAGGGAAACCCCACUGGCAUAGACAGUUGUCACAGCACACCAGUGACGAGACCAGCAAAUCAAGGACAGGGCCUCUUGAUGGUGGAUCAAGAACAAAACCUGCAUCUCAGUGCACUUAAGACUUCAACUGGAACAAAGGGACACACCACGUUCAAACAAGACCAGAAGCUCAGCGGCCUGCACACUUCUACCUGCUGACACCAGCAGCAGACACUGCAGUGUGAUGUGGUUUUCCUUCAACUGCAUGACUACAGACCCUUACAAACCUGUGUCACAACACAGUCACAAUCCUCAUGUACUUUAGCAAUCUUCUUACCUCAAAGUCAAUUUGUAAUUUGACCAGAAUCGUAAAUCCUUAAUAAAUCUUGUGUUUUGAAACUUCA